AUGCAAAACGGCUGUUAUUCUAAUCCUAAUCAUUUUUUUCAAUCACCUGGAUAUGGUAAUUAUCAAAGAAAUUUUUUUGAAACAAUUGAUAUACCAUUAUCAUCUUUAACACCUAUCAAUAUAUCUAAUACAUCUACCUCUGUACCAAAUAACAUUUAUAUUGAAACACCAACUACAACUAUUGCAACAAUAAAUAAUAAUAAUAAUAAUAAUGAUAGAAAAUUUCAAAGUUCUACAAAAAACGAAUCAUUUAUAAGUAAUAAAGAUAUAAACGAAGAGACAGGUGAAACUUACUUAAAUUUAUCAGGUACUGGAGAAUUUUUAAAUAAAAAAUGUAAUGAACCUAAAAGUAGUCUUUUAAAGUUUUCAAAUUCUCCAAUAAACAUUAAUAAAAGUUUACCAACAUUUUCAGCAUCCAAAUUUAGUAUACCUAGUGAAAACCAGCCUACUAUUAUAAAUUCUACUUCAAAUUCUACUUUUAUUAACAAUAAAUUAACACCAAAAACUUCUGAAAAAAUGCUCAAUUCUAUUGAAACAUCAAUACCUAAUUUUAAUAUUAUUCACAAUACACAUUACAUUGACUAUUCCGGUACUAGUUCUUCUAAUCAUUAUCACAUUACCCAACAACAACCUAUAAAUAAUUUCUCUAGUCAUCAUAAAUUAAAUUUUAAUAAUUUUUUAACUCCAAAUAAUAUGACUAAUUUGUAUACUAAUCUUCCCCUUAUUAAUGAACCACAAACUUUUCCAUCAACACCUGAAAAUAACAUCUAUUCACCAUUUAAUUCUAAUCAAACAAUAUAUGAAAGAAAUUCAUCUUUUCAAGUGCCAUCAUUACCCUGUCAUACACCAAAAUAUUUACCUCAAUAUACAGAUCCUUCUAAUGCAAUAAUUACAACAGAUGAGAUACAUAAAAUGAAACAUUCACCACAAAUACUUUGUAAUAAUUCACCAUCUGACUCCUCAACAAUUGAUACAAUUUCUCCUAAAUCAAUUUGUUCAAUUUGUUUAAAUGCCCCAUCAAAUGGUUUACAUUUUGGAGCUAAAGCAUGUGCAGCAUGUGCAGCCUUUUUUCGUCGUUCCAUUUCUGAUAACAAAAAAUAUGUAUGUAAAAAAAGUCAACGUUGUAUUAUUACAAUAAAUGGUGAUACAGGAGGUUAUCGAAAGAUGUGUCGUGAAUGUAGAAUGAAAAGAUGUUUAAGUGUUGGUAUGCAACCUGCUAAUGUUCAAAAUAGAAGACAAAUACAAAUGGUAAUGCCAAGAAAAGAUUAUAUUGAUAUAGAUGAUGAUAAUUAUUAUAAACAAUAUAAUAAUAAAGAAAAAGUAGUAAUUGAAGAUAAUCAAAUAAAUGUUCCUGCUAAAUCUUCUAAUAUUGUUAUACAAAGAAACACAUUAGAUGUUAACAAAAUUUAUAACAAUAACUCUAAUUAUAAUAAUUUUAAAAAAUUUUCUCAAAUUAUUUGUUAA